AUGACGUUUUUUGACUUUGAAUUAAUUUCUCUCCCGAGAGCUACAAAAGCAUGCGACUUGCCAACUAAGAUUGACCGCAUUAUCGAGCUCAUUGACAACGCAAGCUGUAAUGGAGAUGUACUUUAUGAUAUGAAACCGUACUUUAUAGAAGUAAAAAACGCAAUCAGUGACAAUUCUCUCACAAUCAACGAGGAACAUGUUCAAAAAUUAAUGAAAGCGUUAAAAGAUUGGGAGAAGUUUCUGUUACGAUAUACCAAACCUAAAAUGAGAAUCUUUUUAAUUAAACUUAAUAACACCGAAAGGAUAAGGAGAAAGACAAAAAAGCCAUACGAUAAUUUGAAUACUGCUCUUAAGGCUGCCAAUAUAAUAGUGACGAAAGAAUUGAUAGAGCGUAGCAGAAUAAGUGAGAGGCGUUGUCAAGACCUGUUCACUACAAUUGGAUGUGCCAACGGCGCUACGUUGUCGGACAGUGACAUUGCAAGCCUGAAUAUCAAGGCCGAUUCAGUUAAAUUCGAGUCGCCACCUGAUUCUUCUAAUUAUGAUGCUAUAAAGAUCGUAUAUCAUGAGAAGACUAAUCAAGAUGUUAGCGCUGUAGUGAUUAGAAUCGGACAGGUUGGUGAAAGUGGUAUCAAGAAAAAGCUUUACAAGGAAUACCAAGCAGCUUAUAUUAGCUCCAAAUUGAAUACCGAUAACGAUUUAUUUGCGAAAACUUAUGGAGUCUUGCUUUAUGAAGAAAUUUACUACGUAGUCAAAGAAUUGCCAGAAUUAGGAACGCUACAUGAAUACUUUGAGAAGUACAACAAUGUUUGCUGGAGCAAAAGAAUAACAAUGGCAUCUCGCCUGGCUAGUGCAGUCGCUAUCUUUCAUAGUAAGCGUAUGCUGCAUCAUAAUAUCCGUAGUCGCAAUGUCUAUGUAGACAAGUCACACAACGUCAAGCUAGGAAAUUUUUACCAUAGCAGAAAAAUUUCCGACGUCACGACAAGUCUUGCUGACGAACAUGACCAUUUCAAAUGGCUAUGUCCCGAAAAACUGAAAGAUAGCAAUCUCGAAUACUCAAUGUCAGCUGAUGUUUACAGCUUUGGCAUUUUGAUGUGGGAAAUUUCGUCCUGUAAAACCCCGUUUGCCGACAAAACUACUAACGAGGCGCGCGAAAUGCUGACAAAGUCUGACGGGGUUGACGCACGCCCACCAAUUGUUGAAGGCACGCCCGAGGAAUACCAAAAGUUAAUGCAAGAGUGUUGGAGCCAAGAUCCCAAGAGACGCCCAUCAAUGGAUUCCGUGGCAAAACGACUCAAGAGUCUUGAGCAAGAUUACGAAAACAGCAACCGAGAAAUUCCAAGCCAAUAUGUCGAAUCCGCACAUUCCAGCAUAUCAAUUCAGAGCGCGCUCGUUUUACACAGACAAAAAAAUUACAACGCAGCCUUUACGCAGUUCAAAUUACUUGCAGACGGUGACGAAACCACCGACUUGGCUGAAGCACACUAUCGUGUCGGUUUAUAUCUUAUUGACGAGAGCAUCGACUAUCACCCGAAAGAUCCCCAAACAGGAGUACAAUAUCUCAAGAUGGCGUCAACACUAGGCAGCGUCAAAGCUCUUCAAUAUCUCGCUCAAUACAAUAUGUUGAAUGCAUUAAAAGUACGAAAACAGUUAAGAGACGCGGGCGAUGUCGAAGGUGCAGAAAGAGUGAAACAAGAAAUGAAGUCAGAGUGUUUGCCUACAUUCUUGAAAGGUGCAAGGCGUGGCA